AUGAAUCCCGAUUUACUGGAUGAUGUUUUGGUGAAAGAGAAGUUGAAAAGUGGCGAAUUGUUAAUGGUUAUCAAUACCAAAGAUCGAACAUCGACGUGGUCCGAUCUUCGUCUUAUUGCAGAUGCUAAAGAUUCAGAUACACCAUUAGUAGGAUGGGCUGUUUGUCGAUAUUGUUGUGCUGCAUUUCGUACUCAUUCGAAGGUCAAUGAUAAAGGAAAAAGAAAAAAUCACGGUCUUACAUCCUGUAAUAAACAUUUGGAACAAUGUUCUUCUCGAAAAAAGGAAAUCGUUGAAAUGGCCAAACAAAGUUCUUCUUCCGAUUCUGCCUCAUCAAAUUCUCAACCGUCUGUUUCACAAUUUCUUACAAAUAAAAAAAAAAUUUCCCCAUCAUGGUUAACCCUUUCCAGCCGGGUGUAUCCAUAUGGAUACAAUUUUGCCGUAGGGGGUACGGGAUUCUCCAAAAAUUCGGGGCUGAAAAAUUGA